CGGACACCGAGUUUCAUUUCCGCCAGCCCGUCCCGCGGGGCGACAGCAGCGUGCUCCGCAAUGGGCAGGAGCAGGCGGGCACGCCUUCCGUCUGAAUUUCCAUGAGGGACGUGGAAGAGUCCUGGCUCCCAGCCCGUGGUGUUGUUUGAAAAUUGAUUGCAGUUUUGGAAAUUUCUCCAAUUUUUGAACUCGACUGAAUCAGCAACAUGCUUGCUCCAGCCCCUGACCUGUGGAGCUACAUCCCAGAGGAAAUCCUCAUCCAAAUUUUCUAUUACCUUUCUCUUCGAGAUAGAUACACAGUCUUCCAGGUGUGCAAGCAGUGGGCUAGGGCUGUUUCCUCCAGCUCCGUUUGGCAUUUCACGGAGAUCAGCUGUGAUUCAGAGGAUGAGGAGGGCAUGCUGCAGAGCCUGUGCCAGUUCCUCAGCCAAAUCAAACACCUGAAGAUCAGGUUUGACCAAUCCAAAGAGGUGAACCGCAGGAAUGUGACACGCAUCUUAGAUGUGUUGGCAAAACAGAACCACAAGCUGCAGCAGCUGUGCAUUGCAUGCCACGGGGAGAACCCCUAUUUCUACUCCGGCCAGGACAUCCUGCGGAGCAUACAGAAUAUGUGCGCCACUAACAACCAGAUAGAUCUUCACCAUGUUGAUUUUCGAAAUAUGCCAUUUACUCUCGAUGGGGAGCUUGUUGAGCUCCUAGCUACCACCAACCCAAACUUACAAAGUUUGUUCAUCAACAACCGCACUCUGGUGUGCAAUGUGGCGCCAAACACGGUUAGGAAAGUUCUCAGUGUGUGUCCCAAACUCUCAGCCUUGGGGGUUUACUAUGCCAGCUUGUCCAGUGAUGUAUUUCUGGAGCUGCUCAAGCCAGAAAGAGCAGCUUUCACCCAUUUAGACAUUUUCUGUGAGCGCCUGGACAAAUAUAUACCAGUCAUCUCGGAAGAUCUGUGGGCUGCUGUCAGGCAAAAACAUCCUCGACUCUGUGUAGACCUAGAAUUUGAUCAUACGGUCCCCGGCUGCAAAAUACCACGGAUCCUAAAGCUGAAUAUACCUGUGAGCACGCUGCAACUUAACACCUACAAUUACAUGGUAGAUCAGAUUAGGUUUGUCACCCAGAGCUACAGCAGUACUCUAAAGAAGCUGACGCUACAAACCACAUCCUCGGAAGACUUAAAUUCCUCACUAGUAGAUCUGGCUAGGCACUGCCAAAAUCUGCUGGAGAUCCACUGUUACUGUGUGGUCAGCAAGGAGGUGGUAGAAGCGUUCCUCACGCACUGCCCCCAUCUGAAACAAUACACUCUCAAGAUCACCAAGGAACGGCACCCCUGGAAACCAGUGACAGUUCGGUCACCUUAGCUACACGGAUUCAUCUAUAGCAACAGACAGUGGUCAUGUGAUGUAAAAUGCCCUCCAACCUUGAAAAUUUCUCUUCUGACAUUUCUGUGAUGGUGAGCUCACCCAGUAUCCAAGUAUCAGAUAAUCUCCACUUUGUAAUGGUCUAAGCAGGACCUGAGCACUGAUAAGGUUAUAAUAAAGGGCUCAUAGCCUGCAAGUAUCCUUUUCUGUCCAUCCUUUCUCAGGAAUGCACAUUUCCAGGUUGUAAUUUGAAUGGCUUUUGCAAAGACCUAUGCUUUCACUGCAAUGUUAAUGUUUUUUAGGAGAAUCAACAGCAAUUUUCCUGUCACAGUCAGCAGCAAAUGGCAAAAGUAUCUGUCGUCUGAAUUAGGAUGUGUGUAUGUUGGUCAGUUGUGCCAAGGAUGCUGAUGAAUUGUGAUUUGAAGAGUAGUUUCUGAUUUGAAAUGGUGCUGGCAUAAAGCUCCCUUUGCAAGCACAUAUUUAGAGCAAUCUAAAGGAUUUUGAAUAAUAGUAGUAAUAAUAAUAAAGCAUGUUUUCUUGUAC